AUGGCCUCCCGCGGCGCUGGCCUCCCGCCCCGCCACGCCCUGCCCCACUGCGUCGAGAUCACGCCGCCCGCCGGCGUCGUCCGCCUCAAGCUCCCACUGCCGCACCGCCUCCUGUCGUGGCCCACAGCACCGCAGGCUCCAACAGCGCUGGCCUCCCAUCCCGUCUCGGGCUCCCUUGCAUGCCGGCUACCCCCGCUGGCUUCCACAUUUUCGUGGCCUGCCAAGAGUAGCGGAUAUAAGUGCUCCCGCAUAUCUUCCCAAACCCUAAAUCGAUUCAUUCCCAACCCUCAUCCCCUCUCUGUUUUUUCUCUCUCCCAGACUCCAGUCUUCCUCCCGAAGCCCCGCCGCCCGCCGCCACCAGCCAGGGCAUCAGGCGCCGGCCGCGCCGGGCCGCCUUGCACCGGGCGCUGCGCCGUCGCCGUGCUCCGGCCCCACCGCGCCGGCCCGCCAUCCUCCGGGUGCCGGGCCGCCGCACGCCGCGUCGCCGACCGCGCCACUCCUAGUCGCUGCACGCCGUCAGAUCUGCGUCCGCAGAUCCUCUUGGUUUUCCCGUGGCUCAUCCUCACCUGCCAUGUUCCAUCCGCAUCUUUAGCUACACCAAAUCCACAUUCAAGGUUGGAGUUCUUUAGCGAUGUCACUGCAAGGCACUGUAUUUGCUUUGCCUCAGAUCAAAUGGAAAGGCAAGGAUGGAAAUCGUGGAUAAAGGGACCAAAGGAUACCUUAGGAGGUCAAGAGCCAAACUCUGAUGAUGAUAUUGUGGAGUUUUUUUUGGUACAGUUUAUGAAACAAGUUUAUUUGGUGAACAUAGGCAUUCAUUUAGCUGGUUCAUGCCCACAAUUUUUAGUUUUGUAUUAGUUGAAUGGUCAAGACAUGUGACAAAGUGAUAUGUUAUGAAAUGGUUGUAAUGGCACAUGUUGUAUAAAUACCAUGUAAUUUGAAUGCCUCGAUUGAGUAAAUAUACAAGGAUUCUCUAA